AUGAAGCUCCACGUGCUCACGCUCGCGGGCGCAAAAGAGCUCACCGGCGUCGAGUCGGACGACACCGUCGACGCGCUCAAGCGGAGGCUGCACGAGGCCGCUCUCGUGAGCGAAGAACCCUCGGGGCAACGACUGAUGCACGCCGGGAAGACGCUGAACGACGGCGAGCUCCUGUCCGACGCGGGCGUCGUCGAGGGCGAUGUCAUCGUGUUCAUGGCCAGGCGCGAGAAAGACUCCGAGACGAACCGAUGGGAACAGCGCGACGCGAACAAGCCGGUCCCUGAUCUGAGCGAAAUCAACCGAACUAUGCUCUCCGCGAAAGCAGGCGUCAGCGUCGCGGCCGCGGACGGGCAGGAAGGCGCCGGUUCCGUCGAGGAGAGCCUCCAGGGUUUGCGCAUCGCGGACGGCGAAGACGGCGCGGCGGCGGAAAGUCGAGGGCGAGGAGGCAUCGGAAUCACCCUCCCCGAGCCAGACGCGGACGCGUUGAAGCAAAUAGUCGAGAUGGGGUUCCCCGAGGCGCGCGCACGAAAGGCGCUACUCCUGCAUCGAAACCAUCCCCCCGCGGCGAUGGAGUGGCUCCUCGAGGUUGGUGAUAGCCCAGAAGCGGACGCGGAGCUCACCGAAGAGCAGAUCCUUCAGCUCGUGAACACGGCGUUGCCAGGGCGCGCGAUGUUGAUGCCAGGGCAACAGGCGACACCCGCGGAACCGGCGGAACCUGAGGAAGCGGUCGUGCAACGAGUCAUGGAGAUGGGGUUCCCUCGUGAAGACGUUCUGGUCGCUCUCAGAGCGACGCAUAACAAUCACGACGCCGCGUGCGCGUGGCUCCUCGGUGAACGUAGCGGCGUCGUUCGCGAGCAAAUGACUGUCGCUCAAGGGAACCCGGAGAGCAUGCAGAUGCUCCUCGGCGAUAUCUUGAGCCACCCCGCGAUACAGCAAGGGAUGCAAUCCGAACGCGUGUUGCAGGCGUUCCAGGCGAUGAUAGAGGAUCCCUCCUCCGCGCACGCGUAUUUAAACGAUCCGGAGGUUGGUCCUAUUUUGCUCCGAGUGCACAGCAUCCUCUCGCGCGUGGCGGGACAAAGCGCGCCACCUUGA